AUGAAUAAAAACACAAAUCAGGCAUUAAAUUCUGAAACAGUAAUGGCAAGUUUUAUUGGGAAGAAACGGUUCGUGUGGAUUAUUCUUGGUAUUGUAGCUGUUGUGGUCGUUGCAGCAGUUGUUAUUCCAACAACUAUUAUUUUAACAAAUAAGAAAACUACUACAACAGAAGUAACAUCGACAACAACAUCAACAACAGCGUCAACAAGAAAAUCAACAACAAGAGUGAGAAGAACAUCAACAGCAAGCACAACAACAACAACAACGGCUAAUCCUUCUAUGAGAGAUUGGGUUGAAACAGAUAGUAUGGCCGACUCACGAACCGUUCAUACAGCAUCUGUAUUAAACAACGGAAAAGUAUUAGUUACUGGUGGACUGUCCGACACGAUUCCUCUUAACAGCGUGGAAUUAUACAAUCUAUCAACAGCAACUUGGACACGUACUAAUUCUAUGAUUUAUAAACGAUAUCAACAUUCAGCAUCUAUAUUACAUAAUGGAAUAGUGCUAGUUACGGGUGGACAGGGCGAUGGUGAUUGUGUGGUUAGUUCAGAAUUGUAUGAUCCAGAAACAGAAAUAUGGACAAACACUGGUGAUAUGAACACUAAAAGAUGUCUUCAUACUGCAUCGGUAUUAGAAGACGGAAUGGUAUUAGUUACUGGUGGAUUCGUUGAUAGCAUUGACCAUAAUAGUGCUGAAUUAUAUGAUCCAUCGACUGGAAAUUGGACACCAACUGGUAAUAUGAUGCAUGCACGACGAUGGCACCAAGCAUCUAUAUUAAAUGAUGGAAAAAUAUUAGUAACUGGUGGGGAAAAUGACAAGGGAAUGACGAAUACUGCUGAAUUAUAUGAUCCAUUAACAAAAUCAUGGACAACUACUGGCAGUAUGCAUGAUGCACGAGUAUGCCACACAGCAUCCCUCUUACCUAAUGGAAACGUGUUAGUUGUGAGUGGAGACAGAGAUGAUUACCUUGCAGAGUUAUAUGAUCCUAUAACAGGAAAUUGGGCAACUACCGGAUCUUUACAUAUACCAAGAACUGGUCAUGCAGCAUCCGUUUUGACCAAUGGAGAUGUAUUAGUGUCUGGUGGACGCACACCUGGUGCUUAUGACAUUAAAAGUUCAGAGAUCUAUGAUCUAUUAACAGAGACAUGGUCUAUGACUGAUGAUAUGGACUGUGAGAGAUAUCAACAUCAGUCAUCUGUUUUACCAAAUGGAACAGUAUUAGUUACUGGCGCAACCAACCGAAUAACAACGACAUGUAAUGCAGAACUAUAUUAA